GAUGAUGUCACAAUGGGUUUGGAGGUGUGGCUCUUACUUUUAAACUGAGGUAAAGCAGCUCUCCCUCACAUUCCCUUCCCUUUUAUUCCUGAGUGGAUAGGAUGGAGUGGCAUGGGCCAGUCCCACAGCCUGUCGUCCACUGGGCAAAUGACUUUGGAGAGGAAAGAUGGGUGAAUUCCAUCUUCAAUCCUGUGCCCAAGAUCCCACCCGUGGAGGACAUUUGGGACAAAGAAAAGGAAGAGGAGGAGGAGGAGGAAGAGGAGGAAGAGGAGGACACCAUAGACAAAGAACAAGAGAAAGAAGAAGCAAACAGGAUCAAGACCCUCCUCGGAGUACCCAAGCAGGACUCGGUGUGGGGCCUGAUGGCUUGGCCCAGGCUCCCUCCAGAGCCAGCCUGGUGGUGGGAAGACUUUUCCCUGCCCCCACUCCGUGGACCCUGCCUCUGCCGGUGCAGACUGAGGACAAAGAUGAGGCUCCACCCCCUGCCUUCCCUGGCCUCCUGCUCCACCUCCAAAACCUUGCCCUCACUGGCAACCAGAGAUGAGCCCAGCUGGCUAAGAAACCAGUCUCUGAUGGAGCCUCCACCAGCUACCAGACUGAAGACCCCCAAGGCAGUGCAAAGGCUUCAUGCCAAGGUCUCCCCUAAGAGAUCUACUGUCCCCAAGUCCGGGCGACAGCAGACCCCGAUGUCAAUGUGGCCUCCAAUUAUUUUAAACCCUCCCUCCAAGAGCUCUGCUCUUAAGGGACAACACACAUCCUCUGCCAAGGAGGCCUCCCAUACCCCAGGUGCCUGGAGCAAUCCCUUGCCUCACCUUCCUUCAAAAUAAAUAUUUUUGUUACACCAGCAACAGUCUAAUGCAGUUCUGGGCACUUUUAGAUAUACCAGCUCAUGUA